AUGACUCAUCUUUUAGUGGCUCAACAGCAUUCAGAAGAGGAUGCUCCACUGGAAACACGCUCACAAGCCUUGGCCGCAGCAUUUGGAAAUAGAUUGAUGCGGAAGAGUUUGAAUAAUAACUCCUUGAGGAUUGCGGUCGAUGAAACGAAUCAUGCGGGGGGAGGAGGCGGAACCGGAAGUGGGGGGGAAGAGAGGGGUGCAGUGGACCACGAGCAAGCGGACGGCACUAGAAGUCCAUCGAAACAGGAUGAAAGGGGUGGACCGAUUCUGAAGCAGGAAUCGCGAACAACUGCAACCACGAGUGGCAGAACAAUAGAUGCAGAGCAGCAGGCGUCGAUGAUUAUGACUCUGGGUCUUUCUUUCCUAGUUAGGCUCUAUUAACCACUCUGGGUAUCGCAAAGAGCGUCUAUAUUCAUAUCAUCCCAGCAUUUUAAUAAGCUCUUCUUUGGAUCAUGUGGUCCAGUUCUAAUCCGAGCACCUCCUCAUCCAACGCGCCAUUAUCUGGACCCAUGCAUGUACAUCCCACGCGCUCGACACAAAACAGUUUUAACAGGCCCUUUGUUGGGGAGGAUGGUGGCGUCUUCUUAUUAAGGGUAGGCUAAAGGUGUUCCUGGUGCCGUUUGUUUUGCCUCUUCUAAGGGAGAAAGGCGGAACAAACGGGAAAAUUUUGUGAACACCAAAGCCCUACCUGUAAUCUUAGAUCCAGCUGGGAGCCACGACUUUUUUGGACACAGACCUACGAGUCCAGUUGUAGAUAGUGCGCGGGGAGAACGAAGCGGGUUGCCGCUGCUUUACAUAGACGAAGAAAGGGAAACGUCUUUUGUUGCGAACGCAGUAGGUGGAGAAGGAGGUGGGGAACAACAGCAACAGCAUGGGGCGGGGGAACAGGGAAAUAAUCAUGCUUCGGGACCGCCAGCGUCUGCAAGUGUGAACAACAAAAUGGAGUUCUUAGGGCAACAGCAGCAGCAGAUGGGAGCACAUGAAGCACAUUCUAGUGGAGGGAUGCUAACCCAACAGCAACAAUUCGGUGGACCAUCGCCGUUUGGGGGCACGUUCAACAACAGCCUAGGACCGUUUGUCGGAUCAGGCGCUCCUGAUGUUUCAAUAGAUACAACAAGUGUCAGUAGUACCCCUGGUGUGGGAGGUGGAAGCAAGAGGGCCACCAAAGGAGCGAGCAUCCUGAGUUCGCCGGACCAGCACAAUCGGGGCGCUCAUUUCAGCGCCCUGCCACAUUUGAACAACAUGAAAAGCAUUGGGGGAUCGCUAACACCGACUUCUAGUGGCAUGGGGCAGGUGCAGAUGCAAGGCCAGCAGAUGAAUCAAUUUCAGGUCGUUAAUGGUAAUCAACAACUGCAGCAGGGUUACAAUCAUCAAACGCAAAUGCAGCAGGCGCAGAACCAGCAGCCACAGCACAACCGGCAGAUGCAAAAUCCACCACAAUUGCUCCACUUUUCCAGACCGCUUGUUGCGCCGAAAUUAGUAGGGCCUGGCGACGACGCUUUUGCCGGAAGUAACUCGAGUCCGGGCUCUCCACAGCAGAACAAUUCAACCUUCAUGCAGCCCAGUCCUACGCGUGGAGCAGGUGCGGGGAGGGUGAACACAGGGAGUGGAGACGGUGUUGGGAGCACUUUUAUGAGCAGGGAUGUAGAACCGGGAGUACUUAAUUAAACCCACCAGGGUGUCUCGUGUGACGUUCUAAUCUCGAUGUUCUGUAGGUAAUCACUGCCUCCAAGGAAGUAAAGUUUUAAUUCUGGCGCAGCGCAGCAAUCGAUAAGUGAUUACCUGCCGACGUUGCUGACUUCUGGAGAUUCUCAGGCACGACCUCGGAGUCAGUGUAGCCGGUAGUGGGGGGCCGUGACGUAUCCCUGUCUGACUUGGAAAGCCGACAAUACAUUUAUAUUUUGUGUACUUGAAACUCAUACAGGUUUUUCCCCUUCUACUCGAGACUCACAAUGCAUCUAACUAUCUUAACACUACACUAAUGCAGAUUUGUACUGGUUUCUAAUGCAAUAAUCGAGUAGUAACGAUGAUCUGUUUUUUAUCUUUCGUGCUAUUUCACGACAAGUUUAGAUUUCUGGUUUCUUAACUUCAUCUCAUUCUGAUAGAUUCUGCAUCUUUGUAGUGCUUGCUUAAGUAAUGAGUCUCGUGCGAAAAGGUGAUCGUGUCGAAAGUAGGAUAUAAAGUUUCAAGUGUCGUUGACGGGAAAGUAUUUCCAAGUACUGCCCAACAGUUGAUGAUCAUAGGAUACGGUGGGAACAAUGUUCUCCGAAUUGCUUGCACCAGCAUAGUAACAAUUUGAAACAAAGGUUUAUUUACGGUAUCUGGAAAAAGGAGAGCUAGAUGGGAGAUCAAGA